UGCGGCUGGCGUAGAGUAGCGGCUGUAGCGGUACUGAGUCCGUGUGGUCGCGGUGGCAGUGGUGUGCCGGCCGCGUUGUGAGCUAAUUUUUUUGCCUCGAUCGAUUGUCAUUUUCGUUCAUUAUUUAGACCUGAAAGUUUACACGAGUGUGCAAGAGAGCGUAUCGUACGAGCCACAUGUCUACUGCCUUGAUGACUUGGGCCGCGCUACAGAGGACGCAUGCCCUUCGUAAGCUGCUGCACAAAACCCAGGUUCCAUGUGUCAGUACAGCGUUGCGGCAUUACACGCCUCGUCGGGCCGUUCUAUAUGUACCGGGCAGCGAUGAGAGAAAGAUAACGAAGGCAUUCGGCUUAGAUGUUGACUGCAUGGUGCUGGACUGUGAGGAUGGCGUGGCAGCCAAUAAGAAGAAAGAGGCACGUGAGACAGUGGCUCGUGUCCUGGACAAAGCAGAGAGGCCACAAGGGCGCAGAGACCUGGCAGUGCGCAUCAAUGCAGUGAGCACGGGCCUUGCGGGAGAUGAUAUUCAGUGCCUCCUUGGGGCUUCUCGACUUCCUGGUACGCUGCUGGUGCCUAAGGUGGAGGAGACCGAGCAACUGGAUUGGGUGAGGGACCAGGUGGAGCGUGCCCUGGGUGAGCGGCAACACCGACUGGAGCUCAUUGUGUGCAUUGAGACAGCAUUGGGCCUGCUCAACUGCCGCCAGCUGCUUGAGCACACUUCUGCAAUGACACAGAGCCGCCUGCAGUUGGCCGGCCUGUUGUUUGGUUCCGAUGACUUCACAGCCAGUAUAGGAGCCCGGCGUACGCCAGAAGCUACGGAGGUGCUGAUGGCACGUCAGCAGCUGGUGGUGUUGGCAAAGGCAUUCGGCAUCCAGGCUGUUGACAUGGUCACAAUAGACUUGAAAAACGAAGAGUUGCUGCGACGCCAGUGCACAGAGGGGGCAGCCAUGGGCUUCACGGGAAAGCAAGUGAUCCAUCCGUCGCAAAUUGCGCCAACCCAGGAGGCGUUUGCCCCGACCCCUGCUCAGCUGGACCGGGCAAAGCGCCUUGUCAUGGAGUUUCACCAGCAUCAGCAACAAGGAAAGGGGGCAUUCGUGUUUGAAGGCAGCAUGAUCGACAUGCCCAGUGUGCGGCAAGCACUCAACAUUGUGGAAGCAGACCAGGUUAUUCAUGGCAAGACAUCUUAAGUAAGGCCAAUAAAAAGCUCUCCUUUCUUAUA